UUUAUAUUGAUGAGUCGAAAUCAAUCGCCAAGGAGAUUCUAAAAUGUGUUAGAUAAGUGGCAUUAUAGUAAGUGUUCAGAAAUAAAGAUUCACUUCUAUGUUAAGAAUCUCUAUAUGGGUAAUCAGACAGAAGAUUAAUUUUUGUGUUUUGUGAAAGAACGAGUAUAGAAGGCGGUAAGAUGAUAAUGAUGAAUAAGGGUCCUUGUGAAGUGAUUCAAAUAACAGACAAGAAUUAGAAUGAAAGAACAAUUGAUAUAGCAAUAGGUAUGCGAUAUGAUAAUGAUGCUAAAUUGAUAUAUAUUGGAAAGAAACAUAUCAAUUUAGUAUCAAAACAUCAAAGUGAAAAGAAAAUAAUUCCAAUGAUUAGUGAAAUAUUUUUGAUGAUGUUAAGGGUAGUGAAUGAUAUAUUAUAGGGUGUUAGGAGAAGGGAGAAGUUGACAAAUAAGCAUUGGAAGAAAAAUUAAGAUAAUAAAGAUUUGGAGAAAAAAAAAGAGAUAGAUCAAGUAGUUAAGAAUCUUCAAAAUCUGAGGGUCCUGAGAAGAAGAAGAAUCCUAAUGCGAUAGUCUUAAAUUUAUAAGUUAUUCCAUAAUAGAAAAACAUUGUUCUUCCUAUUGUGGAUAUUCAACCUGUUUAAAUAACAAGUAAUGAAUUUAUGUAUAAAUAUGUUAUAGUUCCCAAGGAAAGUUUUUAUAUCUUUGGAAUUCCUUAAGAAUUCACUUUACAAGAAUGUUUGAUGGAUAUUAAAAAUAGAUUCAAUUUAUAGUAAUUACCAGAUGGAAUAUUUAAGAGUGAAAAAUAGUAAGAUCAUAUUUUUGAAUAUUUGGAAGUGCAAUUGGAAAUGUAAUGGAAGAAUUAGUUAUAAAAAAUUAAGAAUGUACCCUGUCUUAUAUGUUAAAAGAAAAAGAAGACUGAUACAUUCUCAGACAUACUUAAACAAUAUUAAUUAUUCAUAAAAACAUAACAUCCAAUCAACACAAAUAAAUUAUUGUCAAUCUUUCAAUAAUAUGGUGAUAUUAUUGGAUUGUAUGAAUUGUUAGUUAAGUAAAUUCACUUUCACUAUUUAUAGUCAGGAGGAAUCCUCCAAUUCUCAUUGUAUUGUCUAUACAUCUGAUUAAUUCAUUAAACGUUUGAAACCUCCAGGUUAAAUUGAAAUACCUGAAGAAAAGACUAUUUGUGAAUACAGAAUACCUGAAUAAAAUUUUGUUUCUUUUUAAAGAAUUCCCUACAAAAAUACCUUACAUGCCUAAAUUGCAAGGGAUUCUAGUAGUUCUAGUAGUAGUAGUUCAUCAUCAUCAGUAAUCAUUUUAUUAUCAUUUAUAGUCAUCACGGAGUAGAAGUGAUAGCAAUCCAAGAAAAAAAAAAUAAUACAGUAUAUACUAUUAUUAUAAAUAUAAUUUUAGAUAACAAUCGUAAAAGAUAGAACUACAGAAGAAAUAAUAAUUAUUAUGACAAUUGAGAUGAG